AUGUCAUUCACUGUCGACGAACACCACUUCGCUGUUGGCGACGACACUUACUCCGAAUAUGGCGGAUUCUCCAGCUUCUCCGGCGAAGAAGUCCCCGUAGAUCACACACCAGCAGCGGCGACGGAGUCGCCUGAAAUAUUCGGAUUCAGUGAUCAGGAUUCAAGCUACGCUCAGUCUCCCUUUGAACCAGUGCACGUAAUGGAAAACGGAAACGGUUACGGAGGUCAUGAUGACGACAUUUUUGCAUCGGACGGACCGGUGCUGCCUCCUCCCGGCGAGAUGGAGCCAGAGGAAGGUAACGUCCUUCGGGAAUGGCGCCGUCAAAAUGCCAUUCAGCUAGACGAGAAGGAGAAAAGGGAAAAAGACAUGAGAUUGAAGAUUAUUGAGGAAGCUGAAGAGUAUAAAGUGGGUUUCUAUGAGAAAAGGAAGCUCAAUGUUGAGACUAACAAGGUUCAAAACAGAGAAAGGGAGAAGUUAUACUUGACUAAUCAAGAAAAUUUCCACAAGGAAGCUGACAAAAAUUACUGGAAAGCAAUUGGGGAGAUAAUUCCUCGUGAGGUUGCCAACAUUGAGAAGAAAAGAGGCAAAAAGGAUCAGGAUAAGAACCCAUCAGUUACCAUCCUCCAAGGCCCAAAGCCGGGCAAACCCACUGAUCUUUCUAGGUUGCGGCAGAUAUUGUUAAAGUUGAAACAUACACCACCACUUCACAUGAUCCCUCCUCCACCUGCAUCUGCUAAAGUCUCCAAAGAUGGGAAGGACGGAAAAGAAACAGCAACUAAACCAAAUGGAUCAGCACCAGAAGGAGCACCUGAAACACAACCAAAUGGAUCAGCACCAGAAGGUGCACCUGAAACACAGCCAAAGGAUGCUGCCAAUAUCGAGGUCUCAGAUUUACCUCUGAAAGAAGCUCCUGCCACUGAAGAGCAGGCUGCUGCAUAA